AUGUUAAUUCGUAAAACAUUAAGUAAUGAACAAUCAAAGGUAAUCAAAGAUUUGAUGGUACGUUGGGUAUGCAGUGAUAAUCGUCCUUUUUCCAUAAUUGAUGAUAAUGGCCUUCGGGCACUCAUUCAAGAAUGUGUGAAAUUGGGAAGUAUUUAUGGAAAUAUUGAUGUAAAUGAUAUACUUCGUGGUCGAACAAUAAUUUCUGCUCAUUUACAAGUUGUUGCCAAAUCCUGUCGUGAACGUAUUAAAGAAUCAUUGCAGGAACCAUACAAGAACAGAUCAAUUCGAGAUUUACAUCCGAUUACUUGCUAUGGACAUAGAUUGAAUAAUGUUCUUAAACGAUCAUUCUUCCAACAUCAAAAACAAUUACCUACAUUAUCAGCUACUUCUAUUGAAAAACCUUCUACUAGUGAUGAAGAAGAUGAUGAUGAUUCAUUUUAUAUCCCAUCAAAACCGGUAAAAGCAAACAAGAAGUUAAAUAUUUAUACGAACGUCGUGAAAGAACAAAUGAUGAUAACAAAAUUGAUUGAUCCUCCACCAGCUGUUCAACUAUUGAUUAAAUCAAUUGUUGAAUGUAAAUCGUUGGCAAAAUACAUAAAAAAAGCUGGCUUGAAUAAGGAAAUUGAAGGAGCUGGUGGUGUUGCAAUACAGCAAGCAAUUCUUAUCCGUUGGAUUUCUUUAAUUAAUUUGUUGGAAAGUAUUAAUGCAUCAUUUAUACAGAUAAAAGUCGUUUUAAUUCCUCGAAAACAAUACCAAAGAAUAUCCGGUAUUAAUCAGUAUUUGGUGAAACAAACAAUACGCCUUUUAAAGCCAUUUAAAGCAAUCAUUAAAAUGAUACAAUCAGGAUCAAAUCCAACAUUAUAUCUAGUAUUACCAUGCACCUUAAGUCUUCAAAAAGCAUUAAAAUCUUUCGAUAAUCUCUUACAACAUAUUGGUAAAUAUGAAGGUCAAGAACUAAAUGAUAAUUAUAAUGAUGAACAAGAAGAUGAAGGUGUAAGUUAUAUUCGUCAACGGAUAUUAACAUUAUUACACGAUAUGAUUGAUUUAGAUAUCAGACAUUAUUGUGCAACUCUUUUACAUCCAGAUUAUCGUAGUCUUAAAGGAUGUACAAAUGAUGAAAGAGUUGAAUGUCACAAUUAUGUUCGAGAACAAUUGAAAUUAAUUGAAAAAGAACAGAAGAACAACAAUAAUGACAUACAAAAGAAUAAACCACUCAAAUCCGAACAUUCAUCUAUUCUAGAUGAUUUUAAAGAGGAUGCAAAUACAUAUGAUGAUGAGUGUGAUGAUGAUUAUGAUACCAGAAGUGUUGAAUAUUCAUUACCUAUGAGUCAAUCUGAUGAACUUAGCCGAUAUUUAUCGAUGAAAAUCGAUAUGAAACAUUAUCGUUCUGAUGUUCUUACAUACUGGAAAUCAAAUACUGAUGAAUUACCUCAUUUAUCACAAGUUGCUAGACAAAUUCAUAGUAUUCCAGCAACUAGUGCUGGAAUAGAGCGGCAAUUUAGUAUUGCAGGACUUACAUUAACUAAUAGAAGAACUUAUUUAGAUCCUGAACAAUUGGAUAAUGUGCUUUGCAUUCGUACUGUUGCCAAAUUGAAUAGUCAAAUGUAA